AUGCGUCCUGCGACUCAUCUUGCUGCGGCCCUCCUGUCCCUAGGAGGUCUCGAGCUUGUCGCGGCCGAAAACGCUCAGGAAUUGAAGCCUCGCUUCAUUGCCAAACAAUUCAAAAGACAUGUCUAUGGACGUGACUCCUCUGCCGCUGCGUCGUCGAGCACUGACACUCACUUGAAUACAAGGGCUGAUUUGAAUCCUUUCAUCUCUUACUUCAACAGCCUGCUUGAAAAUGGCGCCGCGACAACUUCCACUCCUCAGGUGCCUUCAGAAGCCCCGCUCGUCGCCCUGCCCAUCGUCGUCUCGGUAGAUGCCAACGGUGUCUCUCACACCAUUACCGCUAGUCCCCCAAUCGUGCCAACCCCCACAGCGGCCCCUUCAGCAGGGACAUCUUCUGAUGCGGAUCAGUCUACUCAGGUGACGACUCCCUCAACGGCGCAGACCUCUCCACAGGCCAAGACAGACACCUCAGACAACUCCCAAACUCUACCAGCCUCAUCGACUCCUGCCACAAGCAGCGGAAACGUCGUUGGCGAUGCCUUGGGUGGUGUGGGUAGCCUUGUUGGCGGUGUUCUGGAAACCUCGAGCAGCUCAGCCAAUGCUGUUCCUACAGUAAGCUCACCCGUCACUGAUGAACCCAAGACCUCUGAGAGUUCGGCGACAACUCCCUCACCAACGGCGCAGACCUCUCCACAGGCCAAAGCAGACCCCUCGGACAACCCCCAAACUCUAUCUGCCUCAUCGACUCCUACCACAAGCAGCGGAAAUGUUAUUGGCGAUGCCUUGAGUGGUGUGGGUAGCCUUGUUGGCGGUGUUCUGGGAACCCCGAGCAGCUCAGCCAAUGCCGUUCCUACAGUGAGCUCGCCCGUCACUGAUGAACCCAAGACCCCUGAGAGUUCGGCGACAACUCCCUCACCAACGGCGCAGACCUCUCCACAGGCCACAGCAGACACCUCAGACAACGCCCAAAGUCCGCCAGCCUCAUCAACUCCUGCUACAAGCAGCGGAAAUGUUAUUGGCGAUGCCUUGAGUGGUGUGGGUAGCCUUGUUAACGGUGUUCUGGGAACCCCGAGCAGCUCAACCAAUGCCGUUCCUACAGCAAGCUCACCCGUCACUGAUGGAUCCAAGACACCCGCGGGCUCGACGACCGAGAGCGCUGAUCCCAGCGCAAACUCUACGACGCUAACGGGUUCCUCAUCUGUCGCUGCUCCCUCUCCUGCUGAAGCGACUCCGACCCCAACCGCGAGCUCGUCCGGCCUCCUGGACACUGUUGCCUCGAAUCUCUCUGGAAUUCUGCCUGGAGCUUCCAGUCCCCUUGCGUCCGGAGCUGCCAAUACCAAUUCAUCCACCAACACUGAUGGCACUGCUACCCCCUCAAUAAACGUUAUUCCCUCUUCGACAGGCAACAACUCUCCGACAGAGGCUAGCCCCACCCCAACUUCAAGCUCGGGCGGCUUGCUCGAUUCGUUGACCUCUGGUAUCUCUGACCUGUUGCCCGGUUCUGCUGCAUCAUCCUCGACCGUCACCAACAGUAGCAGCGGGGCUGAGACCCCGGGAUCCACAGGCGUUGGUCAGUCUACUAUUCCUGUCAGUGUCCCUGCGGUGACACCCUCCGCCACCAGCUCGAGUGGGCUGGGUGGAAUUCUGGGCCCUAUCCUCGGUAGCACCGGAGUCAUUCCAAGCGCAAGCACUCCCACCAGCAGCUUCGUUGGCAUCCCCACCGGUUUGACUAGUAUCAUCAUCCCGGGAGGCAUUAGCGGAACUGAGACGGGAACUUCGUACACUCAGAUCAGUCCUAGCGUUCCUACAACUGCCCCCUCGGCCACCAGCACCGCUGUCAUUCCCGGUAGCUCCGAAACUGCUAUUGGUUCCUCGAUUGCUGUCACGGGUUCCACCGCAGUAGGCUCGACUGUGCCUACCGGUCAGGUCACGCCUACUGCCACUUUCAGCAGCUCGGCAAUCCCGACACACUCUACAACCGAGCAAACGACACCAAAUCCGACAACCACGCCGGAGACCACAGUCGCACCCACCAGCACCACUACUACUACUCAUCCACACGAAACUACCACCUCCGAGAACACCGACUUUGUUCCCUCCAGUAUCCUGGUGGAGCCUACAACCACAACUCAGCUCUCGACGGCUGAGACUGCUACUGGCACCAGUCGACCCGCUCAGUUGCCUGGGUCCAUCUCGCCAGCCAAUGGUGUGACUAACCCUCCGCCGGGCUCUACCUUGAUUCAGAUCGGCUUCAAUGGCAAACUCCGAUACAGCUUCGUCGCCACGACCCCGCUCUCUUCAUCGCAGGUCUUCCUAUACGUUCCACAGGGACUGAUCUAUGCUUUGGAGAUUCUCGGCAAAGAUAUCUCGAUGUUCGCGAUCCAGCCCUACGACAACUCGGCCAGCACCGGGUACAUUGCAACCGUUGCCUUGGCUUAUAUUCCUACCGAUAAGGUUGAUACCUUGAGGAUGCUGCUCCGUAGUCCAUUGUCCAAACUCUACCAGCAGCCUAACGAGUCGGUCAAGACCUUGUUCGCGAUGAUCGAUCCCUCCAUCCCUCUUGUUGUCGGAGAAUCCGGCGCAUCUAGUGGCAGCGGAUUGUCUAGCGGCAGUGGUAACAGCGGCAGCGGUAGCAGCAGCGGUGGUACUGGCAGUGGCAGUGGCUCUGGUAACAACGCGGAUGCCGGUGCCAGCCGCAGCUCUACCGCUCGUGCCAGCUCUGUUGGCAUCGGCGUUGGUGUCGUAUGUGGCGCCGCAGCGUAUGGUGCGGGUAUGUUCUGGGUUGCUCGUCGCUACCGCAAGAAGCGUCAAUUGCAUCGCCGCUCCAAUUCCACUAUGGAGCAGACGAGUGAAGGUCGCGGUGCCAGUUCUCUCUUCGCCACUGGCGGUCGUCUUUCCCGCAACAGCCAGAAUAGCCGGGGCAGUGGCCGGGGCCAGAUGAUCAGUGCUCCUGUCAUGGCCGAGAACUCGCUGGGCUGGAACUAA